AUGGACAGCAACUCGGUAUCACCGAUGCCGGAGUUGGCGCCGAUUGCGGAGUUUGACAAGUCGCCUCCUUCACCGCCUAAUGAAGAAGUGCCAAUGGAUGAUUUGCCGCCUCCGCCCGCAACAAUUACGCAAUCGGAAGGAAAGAAACUAAAAGUCCAACGUAGCCGUUCCUAUGAUUCCGAGGAACAUGAGCGUGGCGCGUGUGAGUGGUGCGAGUACGCGCUGGUCAUCACGUUGGCCUGCAUCCUUCUCAUCGGUGUCUCCGCCCUUACUAUCUUCUGGAUAUUCUUCUACCGAGAGGGCUACGCCUGGGCCGAUGAAAUCCCCGAGAAGCAGUUCAAUUUACAUCCAACGCUGAUGGUGGCCGGAUUCAUCACCUUUAGCGGUUUCUCCGUUCUUCUGUACCGCAUUUGCCGGUGCUUCAGACGCAUCUACGUGAAGUUGCUGCAUGCCAUCUUCCAUGCGCUGGCGUUCCCGUGCAUCGUCAUUGGUUUCUUGGCAGUGCUAGAUUUCCAUAACAAGACGGGAAUCAAGAACUUCUACUCGCUUCACAGCUGGAUUGGCUUAGUGGCUAUGGGACUGUUUGGAAUUCAGUAUGCAGUCGGCUUCUUCAGUUUUCUUUUGCUAUUAAUCUGCAAUAAAGGCACUGCUGGCUUCCGUGCUUCUCUCGUGCCAGUUCACGCAGCCUUCGGUAUUUUGACUUUCGUACUCGGAGUGGCGGCCUGCUUGACUGGACUUACUGAAAAGGCAAUCUUUACCCUUGGUGCGGAGAGAUACAGUGGGCUGCCCGACGAAGGUGUCAUCAUCAAUGCAAUCGGAGUGGCGUCAAUUGCAAUACUCGCUGUCAUCAUGUACAUUGUAUCGAGGGACAAAUUUCGCGUAGCAUCGUCUCGCGAAGACCACAUACGAGUUUCAGUAGAUCUAUAG